AGCAGCGCAGACCUGGACCAGGGCACGGUUGUUGCAGGAUGGCAGCCAGCGUAAUCAGAACCCUGAGCGGAUUCAGACCUGGUCGUCCCGCUCACACCUGCUUCGUUUCUGCUGAUGAAGACGAUGUUGAAGACGAAUAUGAAGAGGAGCUCAGGGACGAGGUGGAGGACAGCUACGGAGAGGAGGACGAGGACUCCCCAGACGUCGAGUCUCAGGUCAGAGGUCCAUCAGCGUGCGACCUGUACACCGAGAUGACGGAACGCCUGCUACGUUUUGCCGAACUCAUCAGCACUGAUGUGCAGCGAUAUUUCGGGCGGGGUCAGGACUCGGACACGUGCGGCAUCUAUGCGGGAAGGUCCUGCGCCGAGUUCUCGGGCCGGCAGCGCUACUAUUCCGACAUCAUCCGAGCGGCGGCGUCCGAGCAGGGGGACGAGCCUGAGAACCUCGGGCCGCUCGCGGAACUCUUCCAGAACGCUCAGGUGAAGAAGCAGCAGGGCUUACCCAUGAUUCAGAGGCGUCUCCCCAGCAGCUUCUGGACCGAGCCGCGACCCGACCUCCUCUGUGAUGCGGUGACCUGCCCCUCAGAACCCGCCAGCAGUAACGCCAACAUCAUCAGCAUGAGCGGCUCCGGAACACCGGACUUCAGUGACUUACUGGCGCACUGGGCGUCUGAGAGAGACACCGCCGCCGCCGCCGAGUUCGGCUGUGAGUUCCAGCUUUCAUAG